UGGCGCGGGUGCCAGGCGCGGCCAAGCGGCGGCGGACUGAGUCAGCCGCCCAGCUAUGCUGCGGAACCGGGACGGCCGGCUCCGCCGCCCCCGCCGCUGAGCCCGGGCUGCCCCCGCGCCGGGCGCCAGCUCCCCGCCCCCGCGGGACCGGAGGAAGCGGCCGAGGCGCGGCGCGGGAGCACCUGGGCUGGGCGCCGGCGGCGGGCCCGGCGCUUCCGGAGCUGCGCGCUCCCCGCGCUCCCGCCUCCAGGUGCGGCGGCCGCGGCGCGCGGGCGGGUGACAGCGCCGCCCGCGUGGCCGCUGUCCGGGCAGCCGGCGGCACCGAGAAGGAGGAGGCCCUGUGCCUGGGACCGACGGGUGAGGAGCGAGGAGCCGGGCGGGGAGAGACGUCGGCGCCCGGGCUCCCCCUCCUCCCGCCUCGCCUCCGGAGCCCGGCGGCCCUCGUGCGAGGGCAACCAGUCGGCUGUGAGUUGACCAGAUUGAUCUUUCUCUGUGACUUUUGGAGACUGGUCUCGAGGAAAUGGGUGCCCAUCUCAUUUAGUAAAACUGAAGCAUGCAACGCAUUUACUAUGGAGAAAGUAACAUUCUGAGACUUGGAAGUGCGGCCUCCUGUGUGCGUAUGUGCUUGUACUGCUUUUUGUAAAUGAGCUCAGUAAUGAAGCCACCAUUAUGUCCUCAGUCACUGCAGUAAAUGUUGAUAUCAAAGAUUUCCUGAUGAGCAUUAAUUUGGAGCAGUAUCUCUCCCGCUUCCACGAGUUUGGUUUUAAUACCGUGAAGGACUGUGCAGCAAUAAAUGACAGCGUGCUACACGAGAUCGGAAUAUCGCCCACAGGACACCGGAGGAGGAUAAUUAAACAAUUACAGAUAAUCUUGUCAAAAAUGCAAGAUAUUCCAAUAUAUGCAAAUAUUCAUAAGACAAAGAAGAAUGGUGAGACCUCAAAGGAACCCCAUGCUCCAUCUUCCCAGAGGGUCACUGGCACAGAACUUGUAGAUGCAUGUGUGGUUCAGACACCUAAACCAGCGCAGUUGGAAACUGCAGCCAAAAACCUAGAUCAACAUGACAUUAGUGUAGAAAACAGCCAGUCCCGUAAAUCCGAUGGCAAGCCGCCUCUCCCUGAACACAGCCUUCCCCUUCCAGGAAAAGAGCUGUGCCUGAAGUCAGAUUCUUUUCAAGAUUCUUUACCUGGUAGUGAAAAUAGUAAAAUUGAGUCUUUGAUUACAAAGAAGGCUGUGGAUCAUACAGUUGGAGAAGAACAAGCAGGAAAUGUGGAUUUGAUCUCAGAAAAUGUGAGCACGCUUCCUCAUGGAGACCCUGAAUGCCUUUCUUCCCGCGAGGGUCCAGUAGCAGAAGCAAAUUCUGGGAAUGGAACUAAUGGUUCAUCAGAAAGAUCACCGCCACCCCCUUUCUUUAAAUUUCAAGGAGAGAUGGUUGUAAACGAUUUGUAUGUUCCGUCAUCACCAUUCCUGCCGCCUAUGCGAAGUCGCAGCAAGUUGGUUUCCAGGCCGUCUCGCUCUUUUCUGCUGAGACAUCGGCCUGUACCGGAGAUUCCAGGGUCCACAAAAGGACUCUCGGGGAGCUAUUUCCGAGAGAGAAGAAAUGUUGCUACCUCCACUGGAAAAUCUGUGACACAGCACAAUUCAAAUGAGGAGAAUUCAUCUUCCAUCUUCCCUUAUGGAGAGACCUUUCUAUUCCAGGGGCUAGAAACUUCCAAGAAGAAGUCUAUAAAGAAUGAAUUUUGGACCCAUGAAGAAACACUCAAAGGAGAAACAGCUACUGAAAGAAAUUCUUGUGCUGUUAAAUCAAGCAUAUACGAUAACAGGAAGGGGAACGUAAGUGAAGACAAAGUGGAAGAUAUUUGGAUACCUCGAAAGGACAAGAACAAUGGCUCAGCAGACUGUGCUUCAGAUUCAGAAUAUUCAACAGUGGAAGAAUGCUUUCAGAGUCUAAGAAGAAAAAACUCAAAGGCAUCUAAAUCGAGGACUCAAAAAGCAUUGAAUUUGGACCCUGUGAAUAGGCACAGUUAUCCACUAAGCUCAACAAGUGGAAAUGCUGAUUCAUCCGUCAUUUCCUCGAAUGCAAUAUCUCCUUAUGCCUGUUUUUAUGGGUCGUCUGUGAGGAAGGUCAAAUCGGGAUGGCUAGACAAACUCUGUCCUCAGGGAAAGCGUAUGUUUCAGAAGAGAUGGGUGAGGUUUGAUGGCCAUAGCAUUUCUUAUUACAAUAAUGAGAAGGAGAAGUAUUCCAAAGGAAUGAUUCCCCUUUCUGCUAUAUCUACAGUACGAGUUCAAGGAGACAACAAAUUUGAGGUUGUUACAACACAAAGAACUUUUGUUUUUAGAGUGGAAAAAGAAGAGGAGAGAAAUGACUGGAUGAGCGUACUCCUAAACGCACUGAAAUCGCAGUCCCCCUCGCAGUCUCAAACAGUUGCUGCACCUGAUAAAUGUGGAUAUCUUGAAUUGAGAGGUUAUAAAGCCAAAAUUUUUACCGCGUUAAGUGGAAACAGUGUGUGGCUCUGCAAAAAUGAACAGGAUUUUAAGAGUGGACUUGGUAUUACCACAAUUCCUAUGAAUGUAGCAAAUGUAAAGCAAGUGGAUCGAACUGUGAAACAGUCUUUUGAAAUAAUCACUCCCUAUAAAAGUUUUAGCUUCAUAGCCGAAUCUGUGAAGGAGAAACAGGAGUGGAUCGAAGCUGUGCAGCAGUCGAUUGCGGAAACUCUCUCCGAUUACGAAGUGGCUGAGAAGAUUUGGUUCAACGAGUCCAACAGGAGCUGCGCCGAUUGCAAAGCCCCUGACCCAGACUGGGCAUCCAUCAAUCUCUGUGUCGUCAUCUGCAAGAAGUGUGCUGGACAACAUCGAUCUUUAGGACCAAAAGAUUCCAAGGUUAGAAGUCUCAAAAUGGAUGCGAGCAUCUGGAGUAAUGAACUGAUCGAGCUUUUUAUUGUCAUUGGAAACAAAAGAGCAAAUGACUUUUGGGCUGGUAAUCUUCAAAAAGAUGAAGAAUUACACAUGGACUCCCCUGUAGAAAAGAGAAAAACUUUCAUUACUCAGAAGUACAAAGAAGGAAGAUUCCGGAAAACCCUCUUGGCAUCUCUGUCCAAGGAAGAAUUAAACAAGGCCCUGUGUGCUGCCGUGGUGAAAUCGGACGUUCUGGAGACAAUGACUCUGCUGUUCAGCGGGGCAGACGCCAUGUGUGCAACUGGGGACCCCGUGCACAGCACCCCCUACCUGCUGGCCAAGAAGGCGGGGCAGAGUCUGCAGAUGGAAUUUCUGCACCACAACAAAUUUUCAGAUUUUCCUCAACAUGACACUCAUUUUGAAGGUGGAUUAAGUCAAGAGUCCUCCCAGUGCGCGUUCCUCUGUGACUUUUUGUACCAGGCUCCUUCUGCUGCGCCUAAACUCUCUGUGGAGAAAAAACUGCUGGAAGAGACAAAUAAAAAGUGGUGUGUUCUGGAAGGAGGCUUCUUGAGUUACUAUGAAAAUGAUAAGUCUGCCACACCUAAUGGCACCAUUAAUAUCAGUGAAGUUAUCUGCCUGGCUGUGCACAAGGAGGACUUCUAUUUAAAUACCGGGCCCAUCUUUACCUUUGAGAUCUAUCUGCCCUCCGAACGCGUGUUUUUAUUUGGAGCUGAAACAUCUGAAAGCCAAAGAAAAUGGACAGAGGCGAUAGCUAAGCAUUUUGUUCCCCUUGUUGCUGAAAACUUAACAAAAGCUGACUAUGAUUUGAUUGGUCAACUCCACUACAAAGACUGCCAGGCCCUGGAUCAGUGGAGGAAAGGCUGGUUUGCCAUGGACAAGUCUAGUUUGCAUUUUUGCCUUCCGGUGCAAGAAGUCCAGGAAGAUAGAAUGAACUUAAGAAGACUGCAAGAGCUAACAAUCAGCACAAUGGUUCAAAAUGGGGAAAAAGUGGAUAUCUUGCUCUUGGUUGAAAAAGGGAGGACAUUAUACAUCCACGGGCACACCAAGUUGGAUUUCACAGUCUGGCAUACUGCAAUCGAGAAAGCAGCAGGUACAGAUGGUGACGCUUUACAGGAUCAGCAGCUCAGCAAAAACGACGUGCCCAUUAUCGUGAACAGCUGUAUAGCAUUCGUUACACAGUAUGGUUUAGGGUGCAAAUAUAUCUAUCAAAAGGAUGGCGAUUCUUUGCGUAUAAGUGAACUCCUGGAGAGCUUCAAAAAAGACGCAAGAAGCUUCAAAUUGAGGGCCGGAAAACACCAGCUGGAAGACGUGACAGGCGUGUUGAAGAGGUUUCUGGCUGACAUUGACGACGCACUGCUGACUAAGGAGCUCUACCCGUACUGGGUCUCUGCUUUAGAUACCCAGGAUGACAAGGAAAGAAUUAAAAAAUAUGGAACAUUUAUACGUAGUCUCUCAGGGGUCAACCGAGCAACACUGGCAGCUAUAAUCGAACACCUUUACAGGGUUCAGAAAUGCUCAGAAAUCAAUCACAUGAAUGCCCAUAAUUUGGCCUUGGUCUUUUCGUCCUAUCUGUUUCAAACUAAGGGACAAACUAGUGAAGAAGUGAAUGUAAUCGAGGACCUAAUUAAUAAUUAUGUCGAGAUAUUUGAGGUUAAAGAAGACCAAGUCAAACAAAUGGACAUAGAAAAUAGCUUUAUUACCAAGUGGAAAGACACUCAAGUUUCCCAGGCUGGAGAUUUGUUAAUUGAGGUGUAUGUAGAAAGGAAGGAACCAGACUGCAGUAAUAUAAUUCGGAUAUCUCCAGUGAUGGAGGCAGAAGAAUUAACUAAUGAUAUAUUAGCAAUAAAAAAUAUUAUCCCUGCAAAAGGUGAAAUCUGGGCCACAUUUGAAGUCAUUGAAAACGAAGAGCUAGAGCGCCCUCUUCACUACACAGAAAACGUGUUGGAGCAGGUGCUUCGCUGGAGUUCGUUAGCUGACCCUGGCUCCGCUUAUCUCGUGGUGAAGCGAUUCUUAACCCUCGACACAGUCAAACACUAUAAUGAGAGAAUGGCCCUGGGAAGUAUCAAAGAGGGAACCCUGAAAAUCAAAGAAGAGCCAUCUAAAAUACUGUCUGGAAACAAAUUUCAAGAUCGGUAUAGUGUUUUACGAGAUGGAUAUCUCUUUCUUUACAAGGACCAGAAGAGUAGCAAACCCGACAAAAUGUUUUCGCUCAGUUCAAUGAAGUUUUAUCUUGGAGUGAAAAAGAAAAUGAAACCUCCAACCAGUUGGGGGUUGACGGCAUAUUCCGAAAAACAUCACUGGCACCUGUGUUGUGACAGUUCCCAGAACCAGAUGGAGUGGAUGGCCAGUGUCUUCAUCGCCCAGCAUGAAAACGAUGUGCGGCCACCCGCUGGAAAGGAACGAAAACGCUCUAUAACCAAAAACCCCAAAAUUGGAGGUUUGCCUCUAAUUCCCAUCCAGCAGGAGAGAAAUGCAACCGACGCCCGGAGGAAUAUCGAGAGCGCGAGAGCAGAACUGGAAAAGCUGCGGCUCAGAGAGAAGGGCGACCAGGUGUCUGGGGACAGCACCUUGAAGGAGAGAGCUUCCAUGGUGGCCCACUGCCUGGAGCACAGGGACGACAAACUUCGAAGUCGAACCCGAAAACAUCGGAGCUUCAACUGUCUGGAGGAUACCGAGUCCGAGGUCUUUCUUGGACAGCAAAAGUGCCUUAGAGGCUUAAAGAUGUCGGGGAAGGCUGAGGACAGAAAUGGCAAAGCUCCUUUGGAUCCAGACAAAAAAUUGCCCUCCAAGGUCAUUGAAGAACUUAGUGUGGUUCUGCAACGGUCAAGAACCCUUCCAAAAGAAUUACAGGGCGAGCAGAUCUUGCAGAAAGACAUAAAAUGAAUUGUAAAUUUUUUAAAUAUUGUGUAUGAUGUUUGCGCACAAAUUGGAAACCAAACUAUACAAUAACUUGUGGUUUGUGAGAUUUGUCUAGCUCAAUGUAAGCAUUUAAAGAGCAUCUUAAAAUAUGUAUAUACGUGGUAAGUGUAAGAUUAACUUUAUUUUGGUCUGCAGAAAGCUUGUACAGGUUCAAGUGUAUUAACUUUAUGUAAAAAGGCAUUGGCUUACUGUGAGUGGCCAGCCUUUCAAAGUAGUUGUCUGUUAGUGGUAUAAUUUAUGAGCAGAAGUAUCAAAUUGUACUGUAUUGUAUAAAAUGCUGUUUAAAUGAAGCCUAUGAAUAUAUGCGUAACACAUUUUGCACUUUGAAAACCUUGUACAUUAAGUUAAGUUUUUAGGUUUACAUGGGUUCUACCUUCGGGAAAACAGAGGGGUGAGUUGAAAAUGGGGGAGGAUUUAUUUCCAUGACUGCCCGUCAUACAAUACUGGAGUUCCCAAAAGAGGAAGACAUUAACAAACAUCUUAAAAACUAAGGAGGUCAGUUAGGAUUUAUCCUAGUUCACUGUUGAGAAACUGCAUAUUGAUAAGAUGCCCGGUGACCAGUCAUUUCUCAAGAACAGUAUGCAUCCAACACAUGCGUGUUGUGGCGCUGGCCGCUCGAAUUUCACGUGAGUGCACCGGCCGCAGGGCACACUCACUACCCUCCAGGUCCUUGUAGCUGGCCGCUGGGCAGAGAUCCCGUGUGCACCGGGCCUGGCAGGGAUGCUCUGCUCACUGAGGCUGUGUGCGAGAAAAUCCUGUAAAGGGUUCCUUCCUUUUGUUUUGGUACGACAGAGUUCCUCAUCACAGGGUUUUGUUAUUGUUGUUCUGCUUUGUUAUUGUUUACUUCGUGUUGGUUUACUUAUUUCUUGUUAUUUUCAGUGAGGCUGCAGUGUGUGUCUGCACUGUCAGAGUUAAGUGGGUGUGUA